AUGCAUACCAGUCCACAAGCAUAUGCAAAGAUUGGUUACGAUGUUGACGAGGCGGCGUACUUGCAACGGUCGAAGAUCCGGCAUGCCACUGGAGGCCUAGCUACCACCUUGCCUGAAGGGUGGCCUGAGGCCUUGGAUGGCCCUCUCGUUUGGGGCGCUGGGGACCUAAUCAAAGAGCAUGAGUAUGUGCAUUUCCUCACAGCCAAGGACAAGCUGGAGAUAGCGGAUGCGCUCUGUGUCUUCAAAGAGUACGGCCUUGAUGGCAAUGAGGUCUCCAGAGGAACAUUUCCAUUGCCCAGUCUUGGCCUCCGUCUCGACAAGGUGUGCGCGGAUAUUUACGAGGGUCGAGGAUUUGCCAUUGUCCGUGGUCUAGAUCCAGACGAAUACUCGGUCGAAGACCUGACCAUAGUUUACCUUGGCAUCUCGAGCUACAUCGGUGAGCGGCGGGGGAAGCAAGACCAACGUGGCUCGAUGUUGAUGCACGUUAUAAAGCGGAACGAUGAAGGUCGCGAUGUUCAAUAUAGCGAGGACAAGCCCUUCCACACGGACACUGUCACGGACUGCGUCUGCUUGUUUACGCAAAGCCUCGCUAACGCAGGUGGACACAGUGUAAUCGCGUCUUCUUGGACCGUUUACAAUGAGCUCGCUGCGACUCGGCCCGACCUGAUUGAAGUUCUGUCUGCCGCUGACUGGCCAUUUGAUACCUUCGGUCGAGAUCCCAAAUUCUACCGCCGCCCUUUGCUGUUCUAUCACCAUGGCAAGUUGAUCAUUUCCUUUUCGCGCCGCCUUCUGGUAGGUCACGAACCGUUCGAUGCCCGCACCCCCGGCAUCCCAGGCCUCACAGAAGCCCAGGCUGAGGCCUUAGACGCUGUCCAUAUCAUCGCUCGUAAGCACGAGAUGAAGCCACGCAUGGAACGCGGCGAUCUUCGCUUCAUCAACAACAUGAGCAUCCUGCACCGCCGUGAGGCUUUUGAGAAUACCGCCACUGCUUCUCGUCACCUUGUUCGAAUCUGGCUCAACAAUGAGAUGAUGUGCUGGAAACUCCCACGAUCUCUACGUCUCGCUUGGGCGCGUGUUUUCGAGGAUGAUGAGCGGGAAGAACACUGGGAUAUCGUUCCACCCAUGAAAGACGGCAAGGUUCUGCGUGUCGCUGGUACUUGCGACUGA